GGAUAUCCGCGUCUGGUCUGGCUUUGCUGGCUGACUUUUCAUCGGCUGCAAACUGAACUGCUCUCGGUCUGAACCUGCUUGUUGAUCGCCCCGUGCGGCUGAUUAACACACCGCCGGUUUAUUAUUAGCUCGGCUGGCACCGGGGGGCGGCUUCGACUCGACGCGAGAAGUCGUCGUUAAGCGACCGACACCGCCUCGCGGCGGCGUUUAUGUCGCGUUUGGAACGCCGAGAGGCUUUUUCUCCCCCCUCCAAUGUAGCUCGGUUGCUAGCAGCGUCGCGAUCGCAUCGUUUCCACUGCGCCUUUUUCUUCCCCUUUCUUUGUGUUCUCUCCCACCCACCCCCAAGCUUACCGGAUAACCAUCGCGGUAGGCGGUGCGAGUACCGUAAGUGUCGAAAAAAGGAAUUGAGGAUUCAUCCCGAGGCUGUCAAGCGGGCUCACCCCCUCCACCCCCGGUGACCGAGCGAAUUAAUGGCCGGAAAUCCGAGGAGGGGCGCGGGUCUCAUCGGCUUGAUGAAGGACGCCUUUCAGCCCCACCAGCAGCCCAUGCAGCCCCACCAGCCCGCCGUGGUGGACAAGAAAAUGGUGGAGAAAUGCUGGAAGCUCAUGGAUAAGGUGGUGCGCUUGUGCCAGAACCCCAAGGUGGCACUGAAGAACAGCCCACCGUACAUCCUGGACCUGCUGCCUGACACCUACCAGCACCUGCGUACCAUCCUGUCACGCUACGAGAGCCGCAUGGACAUGCUGGGCGAGAACGAGUACUUCCGCGUGGUCAUGGACAACCUGACUAACAAGACGAAGCAGACCAUGAGCCUGUUCAAGGAGGCCAAGGAGAGGAUGUACGAGGAGAACUCGCAGCCCAGGCGAAACCUCACCAAGCUGUCGCUCAUCUUCAGUCACAUGCUGGCCGAGCUCAAAGCCAUCUUCCCCAACGGCCUGUUCCAGGGGGACAACUUCCGCAUCACCAAAGCCGACGCCGCCGAGUUUUGGAGGCGUUCCUUCGGGGACAAGACCAUUGUGCCAUGGAGGACGUUCCGCCAGGCGCUGCACGAGUUCCAUCCUAUCAGCUCGGGCCUGGAGGCCAUGGCGCUCAAGUCCACCAUCGACCUCACCUGCAACGACUACAUCUCCGUCUUUGAGUUCGACAUCUUCACCAGGCUCUUCCAGCCGUGGUCAUCUCUAUUGCGGAACUGGAACAGUCUUGCCGUCACACACCCGGGCUACAUGGCCUUCCUGACGUAUGACGAGGUCAAGGCGCGCCUGCACAGGUUCAUCCACAAGCCUGGCAGCUACAUCUUCAGGCUAAGCUGCACGCGGCUGGGCCAGUGGGCCAUCGGCUACGUGACGGCGGACGGCAACAUCCUGCAGACCAUCCCUCAUAACAAGCCUCUGUUCCAAGCGCUCAUCGAUGGCUACAGAGAGGGAUUCUACCUCUUCCCAGAUGGCCGUGCGCAGAACCCAGACCUAACAGGCCUGUGCGAACCUUCUCCACAAGACCACAUCAAAGUUACCCAGGAGCAGUACGAGUUGUACUGCGAGAUGGGCUCCACGUUCCAGCUGUGCAAGAUCUGCGCCGAGAACGACAAGGACGUGAAGAUCGAGCCGUGCCGACACCUGAUGUGCACUUCCUGUCUGACUGCCUGGCAGGAUUCAGAGGGUCAGGGCUGCCCCUUCUGCCGCUGUGAGAUUAAAGGGACCGAGCCCAUCGUGGUGGACCCCUUCCAUCCCAAAGCCAGCGGGGGGGCUUUCGCCGGCUUCCAGGGGGGAGCCAGCCGAGCCGAGGCGGCCGCCAACGACGAGGAUGACGACGAGCGUCUGGAGGACCAGAACCUCGUCAUGAGCAGGCUGGCCUGCAGCAAGGUGGAGCGCCCGCCAUCUCCCGUGUCCCAGCUGCCUCCCGUCCCGCCCCGGCUGGACCUCCUUCAGCAAAGACCCUCGAACUCACACAGCCAGCUGGUCCAAGGAGCCUGUGCUAAGAUGGGGGCCACACACAGGGACAAGCCCCUCCCAUUGCCCCCGGCACUUCGAGAGCUCCCGCCGCCGCCUCCCCCGGAGCGCCCUUCCCUGGUGGCGGCGGACUCGAGGCUACAGAGGAGACCCCUGCCCUCUACGCCCGACACGCCCGCUUGGGCCGCCAACUAUAUGGUGCCGCGGCCCGCCUGCAAGGCGCCCGCUAAUGCGCUGCCCGCCACACCUCAGAGCGGCGGUGCCAGCGGCGGCGCUGAGGCGGGCAAACCCAACGUGGCCACCAACGCCAUCUACUGCCUGGCCGCCAGGUCGCUGCCAACGUCAGCCGUUUCCAGCAGGGAGAAGUUGCCCACCGACUGCGAAGAGAACGAGUACAUGAGUCCCACCUCCCUCCCGGCAUCCGGCGCCCCGUGGAUCAUCGCUGGCUCUUUGGUGCCACCGCCGCCACCUCCCAGUCAAGCAAACCACAAUGACGUCAGCGGUGACGGCCUCGACGUGGACUCGGCGGACCCUCAGGUGUACGAGGCUAUGUGUAACAUCCAGGCACAGGCUGCUGCCUCGGAGGUCCUCGAUCACGAGCGUCCUCAGCACUCCUCCUCGGCGGUCUACCAGGCCAAGUCCAUGGAAGGCUCCUUCGAGGACACUUACGAGUACGACUGUCCUCGCCCGCUGGUCCCCCCGGCGCCCGCCCGGCGGGUUCUGGCGGACGUCAACAGUCCUUCCAAAGCCUUCAGCACGCUUAGCAUCGACGGAGCCGUAGAAGCCAGUUUGUAUGCAACUGGCGUGGACCCCGAGCGCCCACCCAAACCCCUCCCGCGCCGCGCCAAUUCGGACCGGCGGGCUCGGCCGCUGAACCGCGAGCCCCCCUCAGCUUCGCUGGAGCAGCCACCGCGACCCUCCUCCUCGCACACGCCACCGCCCCCCUCAGCCGGCGGGGUGCUGAGCGGGGAGAUUGAGUGCCUGAUGUCUCAGGGCUAUUCCAUCCAGGACAUCCAGAAGGCGCUGUUGAUCGCCAGGAACAACCUGGAGACGGCCAAGAACAUCCUACGAGAGUUUGUGUCCGUGCCCUCGGCCGCGCACAUCGCCACAUAAUCCCGCCGCGACCCCCUCCGCCCCGUGCCAUUCUCGCGCUGUCGGUUGCCGCCGAACCUUUUCACGCUUUGUCCCACACGGAAAACCCCAAAAGCCUUCAAAUGUUCGUGAAAGCGUACGUCGUAACCACUCAAGGGACCAUGUCGACUCAAUGUGACACCUCCCCCCCCGCCGCUAGCUGCUUGUGUCGUACCAUUUACGUGGCCACGUGCGGUCCAAAUGAAUCUUUGUCACAGUAAUACUAAUAAUGAUGUCGUACGAACAGUUUGACCGUGGUUCUACAUAGGGAUGGGCCGUUGGAGCUAAAUCGUAGCAAAUCGUAUUUGUUUGUGCACUCCAUCUACUUUUACCUCCUGCUUCUGUUCAUUCUGCAGCCCAUAUGCAUAUAAACAGCCCUUUUUCCAUUUGUUCCGCAGCCCGUUUGAAGCACCAACAGCAUCUACUUCACUUUUGCAUCAUUUUUUUCCGCAGCCCAGUUCAGCACCAAUUUUCUUUUACUUUCUGUUUCUAAUCAUUGCGCAACCCUUUCAGGCAACAAUGAUAGCAUCACACGCGCUUUUACUUCGUGUUUGCCCAUCCCUAAUUGCACAUGUCAACUCAGCCCUACGACGAGUUUGUCGUUUCAGCGCUCAACCACGCAAGCGUUAUUGUCCUCGCCUUGAGCUUCUCGCAGCUUUGAACCAUUUCUGACUAAAAAGCACCAACAUUAACCGAGACGCUAAGACGAAAGAAGAGCGAACACAUUCCAGUCCCGAUGAGGAGCGUUUUAGCAUGGGAUUUACUUGGAUGGCUCACGUCAGGUGUCUGUUAAGUAACGUCUGUAAAUGUGCCUUUUGGCAGGUUGGCUCGCCAUUUUGGAAGACUUUCUUCCUCCAGUAGUCACAGAUGGUAUUAAUAUGAAAAGAGAUUAAGACUCUAUACUUAAAUGCUAGUACUAAAGAAUUGUUGUCUUGGGACUGAUGUGACGUUAUGUGUUAGCACAUUGACUUAAGGUUAUGAAAUGUAACAUUUAAGGCCUUAAGGAGGACUUUUAAAGGUGGUACAUUUUUUGGGGUGGAGCUCCACUGGAGGGACUUUGCAUGAUCAGCGCUUUAUCUUCCGUCUUGAAACUUUUACGUGCCUGUCUUUAAAGGAAGAUACGCUCCCCCACCCCCCACUCUCAUUCGAUUGGCCAUCUCAAACGAGCUUCAUUUACAAGACAGGAAAGGUCUCGUUUAAAAUGGAUGCUGAAAUAUAAGUCUUUUAACUCGCCUUUUUUUUUUCAUGACAACUCGCCUACUAAAAUGUUUGUUGCUGCUUUGUUGCCGUCUUCAUGUAAAUAUGAUUUAUUUAUUGUCUUUUUAAUAUCCUCGGCGUUCGUUGUGUUGCCAUGUUUUCAUGCCCAAGCCAUUAAGAUUUUUAAUUAAACAGUAUUUUCUUUAAAA